AUGGCAUCCGACUCCCAUUAUUCGCCGGCGCAGCUACUUGAGCACGCCCAAACUGAUGUACGACUCCCCGUAGCAGAGCCGCUUCUCUCGGCCAUUCUAUCUCGCCCCCCUUUCAUAAAUGUCGCCGGUACAUUCAAUACCAGGGACGUUGGAUUGGUUCCGGGCAGUCCUAUUCGGCAAGGUUACGUGUUUCGCUCUGGGGCUCUCGAGAAUCUUGAGGAUAUCGGCAAACAACAAAUUACAGAUCAAUUCGGCAUCAAGAAAAUAUUCGAUUUGAGAACGAGCCGUGAACGGGAAAAAUAUCCGGAACCAGAUGUUCCUGGUGUUAACAUAACGUGGAUCCCAAAUUCAUACAGCAACACCGUCGAUAUCAACGACUUUGUUAGUGGGGGUGGCGAAGAAGGCUACUGCAAGAUGUACAUGGACAUCAUGGAAACGUACGCGCCAACCAUGAAGACUGUCCUUGAACACGUCAGAGAUCGGCCACAGGAACCAUUUCUUUUUCACUGCGCGCUCGGCCGGGAUAGAACUGGCAUUCUUGCAGGCUUCCUUCUGUCCCUCGCUGGCGCCAAUGCGGAGACGAUUGCUCUGGACUACAUGAUCACCCGAAUUGGUUCGGAGCCCGUCCGUUAA